AUGGGGAAUUCGAUGGCUGCUUGUUGCAUAACAAGUGAAGGAUCAUCCGUGGAGGUAAUUUUCUGGGAAGGAAACAAAAGAAUCUUAACAGGAAAACGAUGGUUAGCCGGAGAGAUCAUGUUUGAGUUUCCAAAUUGCAUGGUGUGUGACGCAGGCUGCUUCUUCAUUGGCCAUCCCAUCCCGGCGUUAGCCAUUGAUGACCAGCUCAAGCCUGGUCAGACCUACUUUGUUCUCCCACUCGACAUGUUCUCUUCCAAGACCCUCGCAGCUUCUUCGAUAUCAGCCUUGGCCGCUUAUACGCCUAACCGCAGUCCAGUUAACUUCAAAGAGUGUCUUUUUGAGUAUAUAAAGGGAUCCAAUGGGAGGGUUUUGAUCAAGGUGACUCCUGAGUUUAUGGCUAGAAUUCUUACCAGAACAGAUGGGAAUGAUGAUCAAAAAAAUCAAAGUACAAAUGGGUUCUUGUGUAGUACCCCUGAGUUGAAAAAACAGUACGAACAGUUGGUUGGAUCCAAAGAUCAAAAUUGGUCACCUAAGCUUGAGACCAUUUCAGAGCAUAACAAGAUGAGGUCUUCUCCUUAUAGAUUUAUAGGGUUAAGGUUGGAAUCAAGAAAGCGAGAAGACGGUGCCUAA